CUCCGUUCGUUGUCCGUCCGUACCGUAGGUACCGACCGUCGAGGCGGCUUAGUUUGCGGAGAGCCGCCACGGAGGCUCCUCGAAGAAACUGCUCGGAGAGCCCCUCAGAGGCGGCGGCGGCGGCGAGAUGAUUCGUGAUCACGAGUGAAAAUAAUACAAGAAAACAAAUUGGCACUGGCGGUGCGUGUAAAAAAAAUGACACAAGGUUUGAAAGUAUUAUCCCUCGUCUCCUUUCGAUUUGAUCGAGGAGUCGCGUGAAUUGAAAUUUUAAUCCCCCCGCAUCCCGAGCAGGCAGCAAGGAAGAGGAAUAAAGAGAAAUAAAAAAUUGAUGCGAGUCGCGUUUGAUAACGAGGAGGAAUAGUCGCACAGAUCCGCUCGCAGACAGCCGGUGCUCCGUGGCUCUUCGCGCAGCUCGAAUCUCGAAUUUUUUAUUAUGUGAAACACACUUGGUAAGCCGCGUGCCGCGCGUCGCGUUUACCCUCGAAUAGAAGAGUUCUCUCACCGCGAUAUUGAAACUCACCAAUGGUAACUGAACGACAGAUCGAAUAAACGAGAGGAGGAGGAGGAGGAGGAGGAGGAGGAGGGAGGAGGUUUGAUACGCGGCGGGAUUAAAGGGAAGAGAUAUACGAGUGAUAGGAGAAUGAACGAGCGGCUGGAAUACGAUCGUUGGAAUUUGGAUGAAAAGAGAAAGAGGAGCGGGAGAAGGAGGAGAAGAAGGAAAACGAUGGUCGAUCUCGCGUUGACGUGGGUCUGGUGGUGCGGCGGGGUGAUAACGCUAUCGUCGAAAAUCGGGGGUGUCGAAGCGGGUGGGGGCGUCGCGGGGCCGAAUUUGGGAAGCAACGGGGAUUCGUACGGAAAGAUGUUCGGCUCCGGGCAAUUGAACGCGAACGAUCCGUGUUACGACGAGGAUCGUCCGCGACGAUGCAUACCGGAUUUCGUGAACGCGGCUUUCGGUGCGGCGGUCGAAGCUUCGUCGACGUGCGGCAACGGCGGGCCUACCCGUUAUUGCGACGUAACCGAGCUGUCCGGUGGUAACACUGGAAUUGGUCAGUGUCACGCCUGUGACGACAGCACGCCCAAGCGACGUUUUCCUCCCUCGUACUUGACCGAUCUCAAUAAUCCGAACAACGUAACGUGUUGGCGGAGCGAACCUCUACCUAGUUCCCAAAGUUUUUCGGCACCGCCGGACAACGUAACCCUUACCCUCUCCCUCGGUAAAAAGUACGAGCUGACUUACGUUUCGUUGCAAUUUUGUCCCCGUGCCGCGAAACCCGACUCGAUCGCCAUUUACAAAUCGAUGGAUUACGGAAAAACGUGGCAACCGUUUCAAUUUUAUUCGUCGCAGUGUCGUCGCGUAUACGGCCGGGCUAACCGGGCGACGAUAACAAGAGCGAACGAGCAGGAAGCGAGAUGCACCGAUAGUCACCGUUAUACAGGAGGCGACGGCCUCGGACCGGUAGGCCGAAUCGCCUUUAGCACCCUCGAGGGUCGACCCUCCGCCGCUGAUUUCGAUAAUUCUCCGGUUCUCCAGGAUUGGGUCACCGCGACCGACAUCAGGGUAGUUUUCAAUCGGCUUCACAUGCCUCACCAGUCGCACCAUCAGCACCAACAACAGCCGGAAUCAGCGAACGUUGGGGGGGGGGCUGGCGGUAGCGGGCCCGGUGAAGGAUCACCAAAAUCCGCCAAUAACAACGGUGCAAAAGCUGAAAUCCGAGAACACGGGAUAUCCAGAGACGCGGCAGGGAUAUCUAGGGAACGACAGGUCGUUGCUCACAAGACUAAUUUCCUCGAUCCGGUUGUUCGUACUUUGACCUCCGAAGUCGCAACCGUCCCACCGCUCGCUCCUCAUCCCUCGGUCCAUCGAGUUCUCCUUCCCGAAGAGAUGCAAUCGAACGAUGCCCUUGAUAUCGUACGAGAGAGCAAUUUUCAUUCGGAUAUCGUGCCGACGAGCGCCUUCGUUACCGCUACCGGUGGUACUAUUAUUACCGGUACCGGAGCUGCUUCUGGUAGUGCUGGUGCUGGUGCUGGUGCUGGUGAUAGUGGUGGUGCUGGUGCUGGUGCUGGUGCUGGUGCUGGUGCUGGUGCUGGUGCUGGUGCUGGUGGCGGCACCGUCAACACCUUUGCCCAUCAUUACGCUGUUUCCGAUUUCGCGGUCGGCGGUCGAUGCAAAUGCAACGGACACGCGGCCCGAUGCAUGCCCGGUAAGGAUGGCGAGGUUGCUUGCGAGUGCAGACACAAUACCGCUGGACGAGAUUGCGAAAGAUGCCGACCCUUUCAUUUUGAUAGACCAUGGGCGAGAGCAACCGCGAGGGAUGCCAACGAGUGCAAAGUGUGCAAUUGUAAUCUUCACGCGCGCAAAUGUCGUUUCAACGUAGAACUGUACAAGCUCUCGGGACGAGUGAGCGGCGGGGUUUGUCUUCAAUGUAAACAUUUCACCGCUGGCAGACAUUGCAACUAUUGUCGCGAGGGUUACUACAGAGAUCCGGCGAGACAGAUCACCCAUCGGAAGGCCUGCAAACCUUGCGACUGUCACCUGAUCGGAGCGUCAGGAAAAACUUGCAACCAAAGUACAGGCCAAUGUCCCUGCAAGGAUGGUGUGACCGGAACUACUUGCAACAGAUGCGCUCGUGGAUACCAACAGAGCAGAUCUCAUAUCGCCCCGUGCGUCAAAAUUCCACAAGUCGUGCAGACCCAGGGAACUGCCGGCGAAGACAGCGGCGAACGCGAGGACGACGAAGAGCGCGGCUAUGCCGGACGAACCGAUCAGUGCGGCAAGUGCAGAGCCAGCACGAGAAAGCUCAAUCUCAACAAGUAUUGCCAGCGAGAUUACGCAAUUCUGGCUAGAGUGACCGACAGGCACAAGAAGGGGGACGCAUCGACCGGAAAUGGUGGUGCUCCGGGUACCGCAUGGACCAGAUUCACGCUCAACGUCAAUCUCAUAUACAAGAGGUCCCCGGAUUCGAGGGUCAGACGAGGGCCCAUCUCCCUUUUCGUCCAUACGGGGGAUCUUGCCUGCAAAUGCCCAAAGAUCAAACCGAACAAAUCCUACUUGAUUUUGGGUCACGAGAACGACGGUGGAAACCAGGGUGGUCUAACGGUAACGCAACGAUCAAUCGUGAUUGAGUGGCGGGACGAGUGGCAUCGUAGAAUGCGACGAUUUCAACGACGCGCAAGAUCGUGCCACUGAAGAAGAAACAAGAUUGGAGCGAAAAAUCGGCGCAAUCGCGACUAUCGGCGUCGAAGUAAUCGAUAAUCAUCUUUUUUAUUUCGCCCGCUUCGAUUCGGGGCGGGUGCGUCUUCGCCCCGAAUCUCCGAGAAAAUUUCCUUCGCGAAAGGCCAGAUUCGCCACAUUUAAAUAGCCGAGAUUAAACAAUCGAUAAUAUCCAGCAUAGAGGAUACAUAGACGACGAACCCACGAUACGCGACCGCAGAUACGUAUGUAGUACGCAUAUAUACCUUUGUUUCUCUCAAGUCUCUCUCCCAUAUAAUAAUACCCCUUUACGUUUGUUCGUUCUCCACUCGAAGGGAGCAAGGAGCAAAAAUAAUUGCCCAAAACGACGAGAGAAGCGCGAUAUUUUUCCUUCAGGCUGCAUGCUUCGUUAGAAAGUUGAGCGCGAAGAGACAACAAUGAUAAAAUAACAAUUAAUCGUUAAUCAUUCCCGGAUCAUUAUUAUUGCGAAGCAUUGAAACGCGAAAGGCUGAAUCCUCUUUUUAUAUUCACUUACCUCUCGGAUACACAUAUCUUUAUUACAAUGAGAAGAUUAUAUGGAUUGUGUGGACGAAGUGUGAGAAAGUGAAAUUGUAGAUAUAGCGCGGAAGGGAAGAAAAGAAAAGAAAAACCCAUUAUCCGAGCGCUCUUCGAAAUGAAAAAUGAAAAAAAAAAAAAAAAAAAAAAAAAAAUCACACGUAUACACGAAAAACACGCAUAUACCCACUAUCCAUUUUAUUAUUCGUUAGUUCUUGUUUCUUUGCGAUUCUAUCGAUAUUAAUCAACUGUAACCGAUAAUACUGUAUAAGUACUGUAUAAUUGUAGUCUGGCGUCUAUAGUAUUCGAUGUACUCUAGUCUAAUCUAACCAACCAAGUAUCGUAGUAAUAUUUGUAGUUUUAGAUAAACGCGGUGUGUAGCAUUUUGUAUAGGUAUAAUUACGAAUUUGCGAUGAUAACUCGUGACGCUUGUCACCCAUCUUGCGCCAUCGCGAUUGCGUUGCUCCGCGCGGAUAUGCCAUGUGUGUGCUCGUAUGUCUGUGUAUACGGGGGAAUAGGGAGAGAGAGAGAGAGAGAGAGAGAGAGAGAGAAAGAAAACGCAUGUGUUGUGUCUCGAUUCGCCGCGGCGAAAACAAAACGAAAUUAGAAAGCGAGAUGAGAAUCUUUUAAGUUCAAAUUUUGAUUUAUUCGCCGUUGCGUUCGCACUCCCAGCGUCGUUAUUCAUGGCGAUCUCUUGGUAGACCGGGUAAGAGGGUGAAUCACAAGAAAAUGUGAUUUGUGGAGGAGGGAGGAGCGAAAGCUAAAAAGAAAAAGAUUUGCGUCGAGAAAGAAGAGAGGUUAGGAGUGAGCGAGCCAGCGAACGAGCGAGAAAAGGGAGUGAAUAGGAAACGACAACGAAAGAGCCACGAGAGCAUCGCAAAGUGUACUGUUCGAGCCAUGUCUCGUAUAUUAUCAUCAAAACCGAAAUAUCAAACGUGGAUGACGCUCCCGCUUUAACCUCCCCCACCUCCGCUCAAAGUACUUAGCGACGAGAAUCGCGUUUAUUAUUAUCGUCUGAUCGUCGACCACAUAAUAAGCUGUUUGUACGGUGUUUCAACCUCUCGGUAAGUCACACAAGCAAAUAUACCGGUAAUAAUUGAUCGGUAUUGAGAAAAAGUGAAGCAAUAACGAAGCAAAGACAGCUGUCAUUGUUCGAUAAAAAUAACGACAUCGUUGGCGAUCGAUGGAAAAAUAAAACUCGACACGCUUGAAAAGACAAUGGGGUACGAAUUUUAUAAAUUCGCAGAUAUGCACCGAGGCACACCGCGAACCCGACGUCUAACUCGUUCGCCGUGACGAUUCUUCCGACGACCUACGACCCUCGUCGCCGUAGGACACUGCGCGAUACCGAUCUUCCAUUCUCCGGUUAUAUUGAGCCAAGAGAUAAUAUUCCAUGCGCAAAUAUCAUCCUGCCAUCUCAUCUUACGAUUCUUUUCGAAUCUUUUCCAUCGGUAUAUAAGUAUAUAUAUGCACAACCUACUGAAAAAGGCUAUUCGGUCGCGCGGGGCUCUCCACGAUCAUCACAACGACCGGAUACAAUUUCUCUAUUCGUUUCGUUAUUAUUUUCAUUUCAUUUUCCGCUUACCCUACAAGUUUAUUUAUUACGAUGGCUUCUCUCUACUUUGGCGCGUGUCACCUCCUCUUCUUUUCAUCCGUAUCAACAUUUCAUAUAUUAAACCAUUAUUUUUAUUAGCAGAUACGAGUUCGUUCAUAUUAUGUUAAUAACUUUCCAUAUAUUAUAUACACAGACAUUAUCAAGUGAUGCCCAAAUCUCCGCGAAAUAAUGUUAUUUUUCAAAAAAUUCUCCUUUCGAACGUACGAUUUUUUCCUUCAUAUCGAAAGUCUAACGACGCUUCAUUUGUUUUUCGUUAAUUGUUAUGAUCGUCGUCUUAUUUUAAAGGUAGGACCUAAUAUCGCAUUGCUGUCCAGUUUAUUUUUUAUUCGAAGAAGCUUUUCGUUGAAAGCGGACGAAUUUAUACGAUUAUACGUAGUUAUACCGAUGUUUCUUUCCUUAUUAAUUCUGUGCAACUUCUUCCUUUGUUAGAUAUCAAUUAUUUUUUUACGUUUCUCUCAUUCUAUAUCGGCUAUUAUUUUCUGUUUAAACGCGAUUAACGCUCUUGUGUACAUUAUGGACAGUAUUUAGAGGCUAAGAAGAGGACAAGAAGGAGCGAACCGCUCAGCGCGCGCAUCCUCGUCUUAAUCACUCGUUUAUGGACGGUGGUUACUUUGUAUCGCCAAAUGCUCGAUUAUUGAAAAAAAAAAAAAAACUGUUGCAUAAUAUAAUCAAUGGAAUUCCGGCUUCCCGUAACGAACUGACCAAGGAAACAUGCCAUUUUCUCGCGACUAUAAAAAACCGAUCGUUCAUUUGAGAGCGGCCCGUAGAGGAAAAGAAAAAAAAUUAUUCGCAAAUUGGGAUCACGUAUCGACCGUAAUAACGCAUCAGCGUAUGGGCGUUUGAUGGAGAAAUAAAAAUCAUUGUAAACAAGUUCCUAUGAAGAAAAUAAAAAGAAAGAAUUGAUGGAUAAGUAUGUCGAGCGAUUUGAAUUGCCAUUGCGAGUCUUUUGUUCUUUUAUUAUUAUCGAUUGGAAAAGGAUGAAAAAUAUUACCUAUACUUGAAAUCUGCUCGGAUGCCGAAUAAUCAAAUUCCACUUGAGUGUGCCAAUCAUUUUUUUUCAAUGCGCGUUCGUCAUUGCAAAAAAAAAUCACGAUUAAUGAACUGUUUGUUAAAAGGAAAAAAAAAGUCUUAAGCGCGGAGAAUGAAACAAUACUCAUGAAAGAUGUAGCGUAAUCCAUAGCAAAUUUCGAAUUUUCGGUAACAUGCUCGGUAAGAAACGAAAUCGUAUGUAUAGAAUAUACACCGACUUUAAGGUAGAUAUUAGUCAUAAGGCAAAAGGCUAUAUCAUGAUAAAGUUAAUAUUUGUAUGUAUGUUCGUGACUGACGCAAUCUCGAAAUUACAGGAUUGAAACAUUGAUUUAAAAAUAUAUAUCUCGCCCAAUAAGGCUGAUAUUCUAUUUCACCAUCUCCCCCCCCCCCCCCCCCCAUCCCAACUUUUUUUCAUCAUCUGAGUGUUUGCAAAAUUUAUCAAAAGAUACAAUAUUUAACGAAUCAACGAAUUCUCGUAUAUUUUGGAAAUCUUUAAAUUGAUAAAACUAAAAACAUUCCUAGCUAUUGGCUUUCAUAAAUAAAACAUAGCUCGAUUCAUAAACCCUCAAGGAAUUCACUUAUCCAGAGAUUGUAAAAACAAUUUUCUUGAAUUUUGUAUUUUUUGGUACACGCGUAUGACCAAAAAAUUUAUACUAAAAGGAAGAAAACGCACGGUUUUACAUUACGAUGAGUGUAUACUAUUCUCACCUCCAUAUUGCUAGUUGUACAUGAACGAUACGACGAAAAGGAAGAUAAUAACGAUAACGAAAAUCGUUUGCCAUUGUACUUCGAACUAAUAAUUAACUCGAUUAAAUUAUUGAGUGUAACGUUAUGUAUUGUGCUGUAAUAAAUGUGAUUAGUAUAUAUAUAUAAAUACGCAUACGAGAACAAAAUAAUAAAUGAAAGGAAACGCGUGAGAUAUAAAA